UAGAAUCUAUUAAAGAGUUUAAAAAGUAAUUCGUAUCACCAUAUUUUUCUACUUUUCCAUUACUUAUGGUGUCCUAACAAAAGCUGCCACACACAACAAUAACUCUUAUAUCUUAAAAAUAUCUGCAACUUCUACAUAUACAAACAGCCUAUAUACAUCUCACUGCUGGGCACAGGCCUCCUCUCAAUCAACCGCAGAGGUAUGCAGCAUACUCAUCGCGGGUUGGUUAAAGAUGCUUCCGUGCUUCAAAAGGCACGUUAAGCCGUUGGUCCCGGGCCCAUAUGCUACAUCUUCUAAAUGCGUAAAAUUCGAUUUAAUUUUCUUUCACAGAAAUUAUAAAAAAAUAUAUUAUCCGUGAAAGAAAAGGAAGUACUCGUACCUAGGUAGUUGGAUAAAGUAACCUACAGAAAUAGCUUGAGACAUGGUAUAAAUAUAAGUAAAGUUAUAUGAAAGUGCAGUGUUACCAUGAAAACUCGAAGCGGUGGCGUGAACCGUAGCGGGUGUGAGUUGCGUGACGAUGGCGAGGGCGAGUAAGCGCACGCGCAGCUGAGUGACGUCAGCAGCAUGGCGGGGACCAUCCGGCACCUGUCCACAUACCACCACGACCCUGAACCAUCGGUCAACUCGCUGAUAACGGAGAUCAACGUGCAGCUGGCGCUGUUCCGUGACCUGCUGAUCCACAUAGGGCAGGCACACGACUGCCCCGAGCUACGCGAGCGCGUGCGCCGGCUGCGGCGCGCCUGCGUCGAGGCCACCAAGCAGACCAGCCAGCUCGUACUGCCUAAUUGCAAGAAGCCAGCGGCGGGGGAGAGCGUGACGGAGCAGCCGCAGCUGGUGCUGCUGUACUUCAUGGCGCAGCUGCUGCUCCGCGAGCUGGCCAAGUGUCACCGCCUCGUGCAGCUCGUGCCCAUGGACAUGACUUCCUACUACGAAAACCGUGCUGGCCCUUCAAAUUUCGGCAACGUGAUCAGUCAGAUUCUGCUGUGCAAGCAGAUCACUCCAGACUUCAACCAGGAGGAGCUGUGCAGCAUCGUAAAGGACACGCAGGAGAUCACCAGGAUAGUCAACGACAUUCAAGAGCUUUUGCCACAGGCAGAGAAUCUCAACCAUUUAGAGACGAAUGUGGCGUUGAAAGGCGAGGACGUGAAUGGACUAUGGCGGAACAAGCGGAGAGGGUCUCUGUACAAGAGCAUGGGCGUACUGUGCUGUAUGUCACGGCCUAACUACCUCUGAGGGUGACGGGCCUCGCCGGCGCGCCGCAGCAGCUAGAAGCUGACGCCCCGACGACUGCCCGCGGUCCACAACCACACACCCUAGACUUUGCAACAAGUGUUCAGUGACAUACAUCAUAAUACUUUAUAUGUGUUAGUACUAGUGAGGAAAAGUGGUGCGUGUACAUGUACAGAGUAGAAAAUGAAAGGGUCCAUUAAAUUGUUUAAUUAGUAGUUCAAACAGUGACUUAGCCAAUUCAAAUGUAAAGGCGGCUGGUGUAAAAUUAUACAUAUACACGUCAUGAACGUUUAGUAGUUCAAUUAUAACUUUAAUUAUAUACUAUGAUAUGAAGAUAAUUAUGUAAAUGUAAAUUGCAACGGAAUAAAAUACAUAUUGUGAAUUGCCUGGAACGGGAUCAAUUGCGUUAAGUAGAAUAAAUUUGAAUUGUAGAUAUUUAAUAGUUUCUGCACCAAAUUCGCGGUUUUCAACUUUAUUUUUAUGCAGUACAGUCUUCAGUCGUUGCUGCAAAAUGUAGAAAGUAUUCGAUAUUCGGCCGUAAGUACACUUUUCAAUGUUCAGUACAGAUAGUUAAAAAUACAUCAAGAAGCGUCUGUACGGUAGAGCCCGCGUAUAUUUUAGGUUAAAUCGAAAUAAACUCGUGUAAGAAUUUUAGAUAUUAACUCUAGUGAAUGAUCAUUCAUAUGUUAUACGGACCGGAUUUGUGUAAAAUGGUGGGUAACUUUAACAAACACGUGAAUAGAGUCACAUAUUAUGUACCUUCGCCGAUUUUAAGAUAUUCCUCACACAUUAAAUAAUUAUUUAUUUUCCAGUCAUCUCAACUCAUAUUAAGAACUUACUUGUCAUGUGAACUCAUGUGAAGAUGUGUGUAUGCGACGUAAACCUUAACUAUGCUAUUGUUUCGUUACUUACUUGUCUUCCAAUAAAAAAGUAGUUUAUUUUUUCAUCAUAUAAGAUACUUAUUACGUUAUUUCAGUAUUAAUUAUGCUAUAAUUAUAUUUCGUGUACACGCAAUUGGGUAAUUUCCUGGUCAAAGAUAAUUAUGAAAUUCUGAUUACUUACUAAAUAAAGACCGAUCAAGUUAAAGGUGACAAAAACCUUUUCUUUUUCUAUGUAACUUAUUUAUGAAUUUUAAUAAAGAAAAUGUAAUAAUAAGUGCGAUAUUUUGACACGUCCCACGUUGCUUUUUCAUAUAAAUUCCAUAGUAAUUUCGUGAUUUGACGUUUAGUAAAUAGUAAAUGAUUUGAGUAGUUGGAAACUACCCUAUUGUCUGAUAACCGCAUUAUAAAUGCACAUUAUGUUCGUGUGAGUAUAAAUUGUUUUUUAGAUAUUAUAAAAAAUAAUUAUAAUAUACAUAUAUUAUGGCCUAGUCAAACUAUAUUUAAAUCUUGUACAAUAAUUUGAGCCACAUAUUCUAGUCAAUUAAUGUAAUUCCCGAAAUUAUUUUGAACUACUUAUUGCAUAGGCUACAUGUAUUGUGAUUGGUUAGAGAAAGAUAAAGAAUCUUUACAUUUUUGUAAGAAAUGCAGUAUUCAAUUAGAACAUAUGUAAUUCACUCGUACUAUAAUAAGUAAUCAAAAUCAUAUUUACUUAGACGUUAUAUUUCAACACAGACUGUUGUUAAACGUUCAUUAUCAAGUGACAAUCGAUAGCGUGCUUACAAUAAGCAACUCAAGUUCUGUGUAUUAUAUAUGUAAAUAAUCUUCACUCUCAGAUAACACGAUACAAAAAAUGUAACAAUGGAACGUAAAAUAAGCUCAUAAAACACACAUUUCAAUUAUUCGGCUGCGAGGCUAUUUAUAAUUCACUCGACAUUCAGUAAUACGUAUUUUAUCAGCCCUGUUUUGCAAAUAUUUGAAUUGAAAUACAAUCGUGAAAAUGUAUUUGCAGCUUCAAAAACGAUACCCUCGCCGGGCCGCGUGUGUGCGCUGCUCCCAGGCCAACUUGCCAUACAUUCCACGUAACACAUACAUUAUUACGUAGUCUAAGUUACACUCGGUGUCUCCGGUGACUAACUAGAGAAACAUAAUAUAUUGUCAACAGAACUCUAGAUAUUUUAUAUUAAGUUGUAUUACUGUAUAUUACGAGCUAUAGGCCGAUAGAGCUCACGAUUUUAAUAAUUAGAUAGAGCACUGUUACACUUAGGCAAUAAUCGACUAUUUAUUUUUAUUCCUAAUUGAUCAAGAUUACUAAAAACGUAGUAGUCAGUGUUAAGUAUAUUGUUCUCUUUAAUAAUGCAAUUUAUGGAAACUUAUUAUGUACUGUGCACUAAAGUGAUGACUGUGAUAUACUUACUCAUAAAAUAAAUUAUAGAAG